AUGCCCAAUCGACAACGUCAAAUGACCGGGGUUAGAAGGCGGCAUACCAACUCCAAACUCGGGUGUCUGAACUGCAAAAGAAAAAAGAUCCGUUGUGACGAAAAUCUCCCUCAAUGUGACAACUGUGUAAAGAGUCGACGGGAAACUUGUUCCUAUCUUAGCUUAUCAAAGGGUGAAAUCAACAAGAUAAAGCUCACUCAUUCCCUUCGUAACAGUCAUAACAAGCUACUCACUCAAGAUUAUAGACUUCCAGCUUCCACCACCAGAGCUAAGCCGGAGACAAAAGCGGCUCCUCUUUCGACAAAUGUUGAGGAUUCAUCACUCGAGUUUAAAUUUGAAUUGUUGGACCUUCCUUUACGUAUUCCUCCAGUGAUGUAUCCGCCGAUACAUUUUAGCAAUGUGUCCAUGAACGAUUUUGCCCACGAGUUCAAGGUGGUUUACGAGAGCGAUUUUGUUAAUGAAGAUUCACCACGAACCGAAACUACGUCGUCAGCAUUACCCAAUGGGAUCACAUUCAAAAAAUCAUUCACACUCCACCGGUCUGGCUUAGCGGAUUCGAUUGCUCAAAAUCCCAAAUCAAGCACAAAUUUGGAGUCUCUGCUUGUAGGCUACGACUCCGGAUUAUUGGACCACCUCAAUCCAUUCUUUAAAGACCUCAAAUCAAAAGACGGCAUGAUUGACAUUAUAGUUGAAUCUCAAAUUUGCAUGGGCCAAUCAAUUGCUCUCAAUGCAUUCAACCAGAAACGAGAACACAAGAGCUUGACCAGCCAGGCAGCAGCAUCCAAAUCGGCAUUCGAACGAAAUUGCCAUGAACGAUGGGUAAAUUUGCUUUCUCAAAUGGAAAAGGCGAUGAAAUAUAAUAGUUGGGAAAAGCUUCGGGAUGCACCAAAGUCCAGAAUGGAGUUCAUAAGUAGUGCUAUCUACUCAACUGCCGUGAGCCACAUGCUUUCGGGCGUAAUGCUCAAUUAUUCCUUGGAAUCUUUCCUUGAAUCACAAGCCUUUAUCGUGAACAUUCUCGAGGUGGCCACGAACUAUUUACAGAGUCAUUCACUAAAGGAAAUCGAAUUUGUCCACCAACAAUCAGAAACCCUCACAAACGCUAUGCUGUCAAUCAAAAUCCCUUCAUAUUGGCCCACGUUUCUUUACGAGGUGUAUUCAAACUUGGUGGAACUCCACUCACUCUACAAUAAUCACUCGUUCAAAUUUUCAACAGAGAUCAACAAGAAUAGGUUUCAACGGUACAAGGGACAAUAUAACAGUUUGACAAAGUUCUUGGAACACCAAUUAUUACCUAUCAUUAUUUCGUCACGAAACGAGGACUACGUUCUGACAUAUCCUCCAGAACUUAUAUUCCAACUUGCUAGUAACUGGUCAAGAAUCGUCCCACCAGAGAGCAUGACCCACUACCCUCGAUAUCAACCAGAUGCCGAUGAUGAAACUGCAUAUUUGAAAGACAUUUCCACCACCCUUUACAUGUACUACAUUUCAAUAUCGGUUGCACUUGAUUCUGUGUUUCCAGCAUGCAAGUAUUUGUUCAAUUUUUCAUUUUCGGCGCCCAGAAGACAAUUUUAUGCUGUUAAGCAUAUUAUGACCCCCCGACCUCAAAACUCAUGCUACCCACCAGACAUCAAUGGAAAUCUCAUCCAGAAACACAACUAUUACUCUAUGCGUCUCUUUGCAUUUUUCAGACGGCGCUAUGGAUUCUAUGAAGCAUUACCAGCAUCUAUCAAGGUGCUGAUUACGGAAGAAAACAAGAAGAAUCGCUUGAGAUCGAGACGAUUCGAACACACGAUGGAGGUGCCUAUUACCAACUUCAACACCACAUUGAUAAGACCCAGCCAUUACCCUCCAAAAGCAAAGAUUGGUGUUCGACAAAAUGUUGCUUCAUUCUGUCAUGAUGACGAACAUGUCACUACCCCUGAAAUAUACUCACGUAACAUCGAGACCGUUGACUUCUUCAACAAGAAAUCAGUAAUUCAAUACGAUUACGAAACCAUGUUGCUACUUCCAGAUUAUCGUCCUCCUCCAUACCGGCCAUCAACCGAUCGAACUUUCCUUGAAAUCACCGACGUGAAAGAGUAUUGCACUGACAAGAGAUUCAUCUUUUCCGGCUAG